GCCUUCUGAGGACGUUAGUCUGCAGGCGACACCAUCCAGGAGCAGCUCAUCAGAAGGGCUCCUGUCCUCUGUGAGCAUCAGGAAGCACCUCCAAGGAAUUAUAACUGUACCAGACCAUCCACCUGGAGUGGAAGCAUAACAGCAGGUGAGGAAGGAGCGAUUUCCUCACUGAAGCACCGAGCAGCCAUGGGGAACAAGCACACCAACCUGGACGAGAUCCUUGCCGAGGACAUGCACCACUGGUACAACAAGUUCAUGAAGGAGUCUCCAUCGGGCCUAAUCACGCUCUUUGAGCUUAAGGCCAUUCUCGGACUACAGGGGAUGAAUGAGGACGCCAGCAGCUAUGUGGACCAGGUCUUUUUCACAUUCGACAUGGAUGGGGAUGGAUACAUUGAUUUUGUGGAAUACAUCGCUGCCAUCAGCCUGAUGCUAAAGGGGGAAAUCAACCAAAAAUUAAAAUGGUACUUCAAGCUCUUUGACCAGGACGGCAACGGAAAAAUCGACAAAGAGGAACUGGAGACAAUAUUCACGGCCAUACAGGACAUCACACGGAACUAUGAAAUCGUGCCAGAGGAAAUAGUCACGCUCAUAUAUGAAAAAAUUGAUGUCAAUGGAGAAGGUGAGCUGACUCUUGAAGAGUUCAUUGAAGGAGCUAAAGGACACCCUGAUAUCAUGGAAAUGCUGAAGAAAAUGAUGGACCUCACUCCAGUCCUAGUGAUCAUUGUGGAAGGGUGGCAGCAAGCAAACAACAAAAAGGAAUCAUCAUAAAAAAAAUCUACAAAAACAAAAUCAUGGACCCUAUGAUAUAUUUUUUUUACUUGAAAACUUAAACAGAAGAGGGAAAGAAAGUGGAAGAGUGGGACUGCUUCAGACAGAAGGUCCUGGGUGCAUGCAGCUCGAUCUGUGAGGGAGCCAUGUUGCCACGUUAGGCUGGUUUGUGAACGAGGGAGACGCCAAACCACCCUGAGCUGAUCCUCUAAUUCUUUAAGGGGUUCAAGAACUCAGAGACUGCUGGCAGGAGACUCGCGAGAGGACGAAUUACACGGAAGAGAGCGCACUGCUUUUUAAGGAAAGGCUCAGAUGUGAGUACGCCAAGAACCAAGACGCGGUGGUUACGCGACUGUCGUGUCGGUAAUCGCCUUCUCACAGAAUUUGCACUGAAUGGAGUUGCUUGCCGGGUGGUGGGCAGAAAUAAUGAUAAGAAGAAAGAAUGUAUACUGGUUUACACAGAGGAGGGGAAGACAGAACAUUGCCUAUGGCGUCCAAGGAAAAAUGCCAUUAAACAGUUCCUACUAUACUGAAGUACAAACAAGCUGGGUUCCAAAGUGUUCCAAAGUGUAGGCUGCAGUUGAGGUAGGGAGGGUCAUUGGAUCCAGUACCCACACAGUUACUUAAACAAGCACAGCAAAAGGUGGGUAAACCAUUACUUGAAAUAGUCAAUUCAUCCCUUAGCAUGGGCAACAUACCCAAUUCUCUUAAACUAGUGGUCAUUAAUCCCAUUAUUAAAAAGCCAAAUCUGGAACUCCACAAGCUUGCUAAUCAUAGACCCAUUUCUAAUUUCUUUCCUUUGUAGCCAAAAGUCUAGAAAAAUAGUGUUUAAGCAGCUGUGCCUGUAUCUACAAAGCAAUAGUAUUCAUGAGGUUUUUCAAUCUGGAUUUAGACAAAACCAAAGCACUGAAACAGCUUUACUUAGAGUACCUAAUGAUUUGCUUUCAGCUCUUAAUAGGGGCAGCACCGCCAUCCUUGUACUGCUAGAUCUUAGAUGCCGCCUUCGACACCAUAGAUCACAGAGAUUCUGCUUGAUAGGUAAGAAAAUCUGGUACCACUUAAAAAUAAGCCUACCCUCAUUAAGGGUUUAUACAUGGUUAUAAAUGAGUUUAUUAAUUAUUAUUGAUUAGGUUGUAAAUGCUUUAAAAACCAUUGAUAAGCAGUAACAACACACCGAUUGAAAAGGCAACAGUGAUUUAUUGUUUGCUUAGUCAUAUAAAUCAACGUAGUCAUUUAAUUUAAGUAUUUAGAAAGAUCUGAAGUUUGACAGAAUAACUAAGUGUGGAAACACAACUGACACUUUUCAGCUCACUGUUGCCAUUUAUAUUAAUGUGUUGUUUUAUAUAUAUAUAUAUAUAGAUAUAUAGAUUUUUUUUUUCUUAAACUGCUUAUUAGUGGGUUUUAAAGUAUUUGCAACCUAAUUUAUAACCAUUAAUAAACCAAUAAAACCAUACAUUUGUGACUAUUCAUAAAGCCUUUAUAAAGGUAGUCUUAUUUUAAAGUGUUACCGAAAAUGAAAGGAUCUGCCCUCACCUGGUUCAGAUCGUAUCUGAGAGAUCGAUUCCAGUGUGUUUAUUUAAAACCAUAGCAAUGAAACACUGAGCUCCUGAGAGAGACCCAUUCUUUCAUUAAUGUUUGUAGAAGCAGGCUGCAUGCCUAGGUGCUUGGUUUUAUACACCUGUGGACGUGAAAGUGAUUAAAACCUGAGUUUAAUGAUUUGGAUGAGUGAGCAAAUAAUUUUGCCAUUAUAGUGUACACGUGUUUUCAUUUUCUUUACAAAUAUUAUACAUAGAUAAAUAUUAUACUAUUUUCUUUAACUAAUACUAUUUUCAUGGGCAAUGAAUUGUUGGUAAAUUAGUGCAGCAAACAAUGAAUCAGGUGCGUCCUUGAAAUCCCACAGAACAUAUACGACAAAUCCUCCGGUUUAGGACGGCCUUCUAUGAGAUAUGAGCCGAGAAAUACAGCCCAUCUAGAGUGAAGCCUAUACUUUGGAACACAGCUAUUGUAUUACAAAAAAAGUCUCUUAAUUUUAGGAAAACAAAACUAUGAAGCAAAUGGGAUCACAAACCUACAGAAAAGCAUAACUGUACAAAAGAGCCCUUUUUUUGCCUUUUUUUUCUCUAUUUAUUAAGCCAUGCAACGGUACAUAUAUGGGUUUUACUCACUUCAGGAACAAACAUAAAACUUUUCUGACCGAAUAUUUUCAGCAUGGGCCACAGUACACUGAUAUGCUGAAAGUCAUGGGAUAGCAGUAUAAAUUCAAUUAACUUGCAUAUGAGUAGGAUGUUCCAUUUCUGAAGUUGUGCGACUAUUUAUUAUCCCUUGAUUGUAAUUAUCAGAAGAUUGUAUAUUAGCAGAAUCUGGAGUUUUAAAGGGGGCCGAGGACCCAACAAACCCAGCUCCACCGUCGCCCAUUAAAAAACAAUUAUGGACUCUAAAUAAAACAGGAGUUUCAAGGAGAGGUGAGUUGGUCAUAUCAGAAAAAAAUGAAUAAAUUUGAUUCAAAUCAGACACAGAAUCUAUUAUAUACCUAAAUUUUAAAAUCUUUUCAGCAAAUAAUAAGAUAAAACUGUUGGACAUAUUUUAUUUAUUUUUAACAAACAUUCCUCCUACAUUAG